UUAUUUGUGACGUUUGUCCAAAUGUCCAAAUGACCAAACAACUCGGAAAUGUGGGUGUUGUUUUUGAUUUUUAGUUAAUAUAUUAUUAGUUUUUUCAAGAAGGAAUGGAUCAGUCGCCGCCAAUAAAACCGCCAAGGGGUGUAAAACCCCUUAAAGAAACUAGUGGCUUGUUAAUGUCAGUAAUUAGAACUUUAUCUGCAAGUGAAACUAAUGAACAGAGAGAUAGAGAAAAAGCAAAGUUGGAGGCAGAUUAUAAAGUAUGUGAUCGAAAACUAGACGAACUAGUUUCUAAACAUGAAAGUGAUCUUACAAAGGUUAUGCAUUUGUUUGGUACAAUUUCUCAAUCAGUAACUGAAAACCGUAAUAAAAUUCAUCAAGUAAAAGAGACACUGCAAGAUUGUAAGCGAAAACUUAGAUGUAAAAGAGAUGAAUUGAAAAAUUUAUGGAUAGAAGGCUUAGAGUACAAACACAUGUUACAGUUACUGGAGGAGAUUGAAAAAAUGAAUGAAGUACCCACAAAGUUUGCCAGUCAUAUGGCUCAUAAGAAAUACUUACAUGCAACAAAAUUGUUAGUUGAAGCAGUUAAAUUAGGGAAAGAUCCAUUAGAAGGUGUUGAAAGUCUAAAAGAAUUAAGUCAAGAACUAGAAGAAAAGAAAGAGCAACUCCAUAUACAAAUUGUAUUAGAACUGAAGCAUAUAUUGUAUACAAAACCAUCUCAACAUAUUUUAACGUUGAGAAGGCAAGGCUCUGGUAGAGAUGGUUUUCUAAUACAUUCUCCUCUUCAGAGAAGUACUAAAUUGAGAUUAAGUGGUAGAAAUAGAAGUAAUGUUUCUAGAAAUAUAUUAGAUGAUAUGUCAAAAGUUUCUAAUAAAGACUUAUUUAAUGAAAGUUUUAACCUCGACGAGGAUCUAGAUAAUAUAAAUAUUGAAGAAAAUCAUAGACAUUAUGUUGCAAUACUUGUAAAAAGUCUUUGUUUAUUAGGAAAACUGCCUUAUGCAACUGAUGAAUUAGUUAGAGAAAUGCAAGCAUCGUUGUCAUAUAUUAUACAGAAAUCAACACAACAUGUUAUAGACUAUGCAGAAAAUGUUGAUUCAAAGUUGGCCUUAAAAGAGCUUGUUAAUAUAUUGUUUGAUCAAUUUAAGGAAAUAGCCGAUUCUCAUCAAAUAUUUUUGAAAUGGGUUGAUAAAGGCAUUAAGUGUCAUGGUAUUGAAUUGAAACCCUAUGGGAUGCAGUACUAUUGGUCGCAAGUGCAAGAAGUUUUACAAGUUUUCUUAAAUGACUAUUUGGACUUGCAAAACAUGUCUACGGAUCUCCAAAUUAGUAAUGUAGCAGAGCCUGGUGAUGUAUCAACAUAUUUUUCAAGAAGAAAACAGCAAAGUAAAAAGAAAACUCUUUUUAAAUUUGAAGGCUCUUCAAGUGCCCUUAGCCUUAGUAAUGCCUUAAAAUCUUCCAAAAAGGACAAAGUGUUAAUCUGUUCACCUCAUCCUAAUAAUAUUUUGGUUUUAUUUAUACCAUUUAUGUGUUUUAUUGAAGAUAUUGAACAGACUUUAAGUAUGUCCCAUGGAACAUGUUCACUAUAUAAGUACAUAACUCAACAUAUAUCCAAUAUUUAUUUAAAACGAAAGUCUGAAGAGAUUGUUGAGCAAAUAGAAAAUGCUUUCAAGGCUACAGAUGCCUGGAAAAGUACCGUUUUGCUGGAUUUAACAGCCGAUUAUAAACCUCUUUUAGUGAGUACAGUAACAGUUGAGAGAUGUAUUAGAGAGUGGAAGGCGGUACUCCAAUCUUUGCCACUUUAUAGUGAAAAAAUUGCUGAAUAUUCUGUACUAGCCCUUAGAGAGUACAAAGAUACAUGUUAUGCAGCUUAUAGGGGUAUAGUGCAGCCUUACUCUGAAGAUAAGAGAAUAUGCAGUGCUGCAUGGUUAAAAGACGAAGAUAUAAAUCGAUUUUUAAAGUCACUUCCAAAUUGGUUAAAUUUGAAAGCUCAACAAGAGUUCCAUGCUAGAACGGAGAGAGGUAGAAGAAUAUUGAGAGAUCAACCUUCUGAAGAAGAAAGCCCUGAAGAUGUUAGAAUGAGAAACAGGAAAGAGGCAGAGAUAUUGGCUAGUAAUUUAGGAGAAGGAGGUGUAUCAGCUGGUGAAAUUUUAUCUGAUAUGUCGUUGUUAAAAGAUCUAGCUACCCUACAGGAAAGUAUGGAAUGGUUUUCAGUACGUAUGUUUCAAUAUACAAGUGAGUUUAGACUGGAGCCAUCCAGAUUAUCACCACCAAAAGCUGACAAUAAUACUCAUUCUGAUUUGAUGCAACCUGUUUCAAGUGGAACAAUUCAUCAUCUUACUAGUAUUGCACAGGAGUAUGAUGAAUUGGCAAAUACUUGUCUUCUAUUAUUACACUUAGAGGUUAGAGUACAGUGCUUCCACUAUCUUUUAGCCCAAACCCAUCAUAAUAAGGAAACUCAUGAGCCAGAUCCAAAGGUUCUUGAACUGAGUCGUGUUUUAGCCAAUGUAGAUGAAGCAAUGACGUCUAGUUUACAUCCAAGAAAAUGCAAGUAUAUUUUUGAAGGCUUGGGGCAUCUAAUAGCCAAAAUACUUAUCAGUUCGGCACAGUACAUGAAAGUUAUUGAUGAUGCUGGAAUUCAAAGAAUGUGCAGAAAUAUUUUUGCAUUGCAGCAAACACUUACUAAUAUUACAAUGACUAGAGAAGUUGCCCUUGAUCAUGCCAGACACUAUUUUGAAUUGUUUUUCUUGUCUCCAGAGGAAAUUUUGAAUGGUAUAGUAGAUAAAGGACCAGAAUUUAGUGAGCUGGAAUAUAUGAAUGCACUCCAGUUACUGAAUAGGAGUCAGAAAAAUAGGGAUUCUAGUUCUGUGACUGUUCAUUUAGAGAGAUUAUCAGAUAUUUUGGGUGAAGUUGGUGUUACAGUUUAGUGUGAUAACUUUUUAUUAAUAUCAUUUACAAAAAAUCUUAUAAAUAGUGAUAUAUUUUCACAAGACAAAAGAGUUCUAUCUGUAUAAUAUCUGUAAAAAUACUUUAAGCUUCAAACUAGUUAUUAAUUUAAUAUGUACAAGUUGAAACAAAGAAUUAAACAGCUUUAUUUUGUAUU